AUGGUGCUGACCGUAUACUUCGUAUACAUAACUUUAUUUAUAUGUGCCCUAGAUGCACAUGCUGCGCAUUCGUCACAGCCAAAGCAGAGUUGGUCUCUCCAUGGCCAAGGAUCACCCGUUUACACAGCGUCUAAGUUAUUCCCCACGGACAAAUUUUAUAGCAUGUACUUUUCACCGAAAGCUCAAGAAGCUGAACCGCGUCCCGUUGUAACAAAGAUUGGAGGGAAGACAUUUGCUGAUUCUCUCAAUGAUCCCGCUCGCAUGCCCUCUGAGCCUCCAUCUAACUCGGGCGUAAUCCCUGCUCCUUCAUCUACAUCCUUACCAUUCAAUUUGAAAGAUCAGACUCAUCAAAAAGUUUCCAAAGUAAUUCGUAACAGCUCUAUGUCCAAAUGUGAUCGGUGCAAGAAUGCGCUAAAGCUUGGACAAUCGCUCGCUCAUGUUCAGCCUGAAAGUGUCCCUAACAUUCUUAUCGAGUUGUGUAAAGAAUUUCAAUAUAAACAAUUUGGCAGAAAUCCAGACGUCAACAAGACGUGCGAGUUAUCUUACACUCAAGGCGGCCAAGGCGGGGUCUUCACACAAGUGCUCUCCUACGCUGACUUGAGUGAUUCGAGCUCUGAUCCGGAUUUGAUCUGUGCGCAACUGUUUUAUAAUUUUUGCCCGAUGCCGGAGCCCAAGACUUUGUCUGAUUCAUUUUUAAAUGAUUGGUUCCACGGUCAGCGAGAGGAGUCAAUUAAAAUAAAACAACGAUCUAAGAAAGUUGGAAAACCCGCAUCAUCAGAUCUUCGAGUCUUGUGGACGUCCGAUAUUCAUGUUGAUGGACGAUAUGCCGUGGGCUCUGAGGCCAAGUGUACCUAUCGCUAUUGCUGUCAUUCCAACUCGUUUAAUGUCGAAUCUUUCAACUCGUCUGGCUAUAUAACCGGUAACACUUCUGUCCCGUCAAAAAACAUUACAUUAGCCGCACCAUAUUGGGGCUACGAGGGGUGUGAUGCACCUUGGUCACUUGUGGCAUCGGCUUUCCAGGCCAUGGAGGAUCUUGGUGGUAAGGAUGGUUAUGAUAUUGCUCUUUACACCGGCGACCUUGUCGCACAUGGUCAAACAUGGGAGGAGUCGCAAGAACUAGUGCAAUAUUCGGAAUCGGCAUUGUUCGACAUGAUGCAUCGCUAUCUUAGAAACACGACAGUGAUUUCUGCUAUUGGAAAUCAUGAUACAAGUCCUACAGAGUACGCUGCUCCAAAUAACUUGCCGGAUGGCCGAGGAAAUCAAUUUAGCUGGGACUGGGACUAUGUAUCUAAGUUAUGGAAUAGCGAGGGCUGGGUCAAUGACACCGAGCAGACUCAAAUUCGAACACACUACGGCGGCUAUUCAAUUUCUCCUCGACAGGGCUUGCGCGUAAUUUCUUUCAACACUGAUUUUUGGUAUCGUGGUAAUGGCUUCGCCUUCUUGCAUACCUCCAAUCCCGACUUUAGCGGUGUCUUGCGCUGGGUCACGGAUGAACUGCAAGCGGCUGAGGAUGCCUACGAACGGGUGUGGAUUAUUGGUCAUGUUCUUCCAGGCUGGGAUGGGUAUAGCUCAAUGGAUCUCCCAACAAAUUUGUUUUAUCAAAUUGUGACGCGCUAUCAAAGCACAAUUGCUCACAUGUUUUUUGCACACUCGCAUGAGGAUACUUUCAGUGUAUUUUAUCACAACACCAACGGUAAUUCGAGCAGUGCAUCACUGCGCACACAAGAUGCUGUCGGCAUAGCGUUACAUUCUCCCUCAGUGACACCAUUGACCAACAUGAACCCGGGAAUUCGCAUUCUUCAAGUUAAUCCAGAGACGUACGAAAUUAUGAAUUACGACCAGUUCUACACACCCUUACAAAAUGUGCAAAAUCAGACAGAAACUGCCAAGGGCCUUGUUUGGUAUCAUUUAUACAGCGCGCGUGAGGCUUACGGUAAUUUUAGCGCAGCAAAGGCAGCUGGUAGCUAUCACGCUCCUGUUCAGCUCAAUGAUGAUGGAACGUGGCCCGCUUUUGUGCCUCUUAAUGCAUCUUUUUGGGCUUCAAUCUCCGAUGAAGUUCUUGCUCGACCAGAAUUGGCAACACAGUUCCAAAUAUUCCAAGGUCGCAACAGUCCAUUAAGUCCACCUUGCAGCAAUAAGGCCUGUGCCAAGGCCAAAGCUUGCUUCAUGCGAGCCGGCUCGUUCGCAUUGGGCAGGGCCUGCGGAAGCUCCUACUCAACAGUUCAAUAG